CCGUUUUCGAGAUAUAAGCAAAAUUAAUUUUUGCACACUGUUUUCGCAUAGAACCCGUUGACCUAGGAAGCUGCAAAUUUCAGAAUCGUCUUUUUCGACCUCGAUUUACCUAAUAACCAAAAUGCAGCCAUUUCUAUCGCAUUUCGAUUUCAAAGCUAAUUUUACUGGACUAGAAUCACGAUUCGUGUAUUAUUGUAUCCACUUGAUGUGUUCAUCCUUCAACGACUUUUUCCACCAACAACAAGCGAACGAGGCAGCUGUGAAUAUCGUGACAUUAUUUCACAUUUUAACUAUAUUUAACGAUAUCCGCUCAAUAUUGUAUUAUUAAGACCUGAAAAAUGGAACUGAAAUGUACGGUUCAAAACUACGAUUGGGGAAAACAAGGCAUCGAUAGCGUAGUGGCUACUCUUAUGCAGUCAUCAAACCCAGGAUUUUAUCCAAAAGAAGAUGUGCCAUAUGCCGAACUUUGGAUGGGGACACAUCCCAAUGGACAUUCCAAGUUAAAAAAUAACGAUACCCCGUUAGAUGAGUACAUACAAAAAAAUAGUCAUGUUCUUGGAAAUGCAGUGAAAAAAAUAUUUGGCACAAGACUGCCUUUCCUUUUCAAGAUUUUGUCAAUAAGAAAAGCUUUAUCAAUUCAAGUUCAUCCAAAUAAGGAACAGGCAGAGGAACUGUAUAGGACACAUCCAGAAAUAUAUAAAGAUUCAAAUCAUAAACCUGAAUUAGCUGUGGCACUUUCACCCUUUGAAGCACUUGUUGGUUUUCGGCCAAUAUCUGAAAUAAAGAAUUAUUUGAGAUCUGUUCCAGAACUUCGAACAGCAAUUGGGGAAAAUAAAGUUGUACAUCUUGGUUGUGGUGACGAAUUAAGCUCAAGAACUGCCUUGAAAAAUUGUUUUGCAAGCCUUAUGGCACAAGAACCUGAAGUUGUAGCUCAGCAAUUAAAAAAAUUACAUGAAAGAUUAUCUAAUCUCGAUCAAGCAACAAGGCAAACUUUGAAUGCUAAUCUUUUUGACCAAUUAUAUUCUGACUAUCCAGGGGAUGUUGGCUGUUUUGGCAUUUAUUUAUUCAACUACAUAUCACUGCAACCUGGAGAAGCAAUAUAUCUAGGAGCUAACGAGCCACAUGCAUAUCUUUACGGUGAUUGUGUGGAAUGCAUGGCCUGUUCUGAUAAUGUUGUUAGAGCUGGUUUAACUCCAAAAAUGAAAGAUGUUGAAACUUUGGUGGAUAUGUUAAGUUAUAUCUGUGAACCAGCCUUGUCCAAAAGAUUUCAACCAUCCAGGGAAGAUGAAUGUACUGAAGUAUAUCGUCCUCCAAUUAAAGACUUUGCAGUCGCCAAAAUCACUAUCCCACCAGGAAGACCAUCAUAUGAAGUCAUACCGAGAAGUACAGCUAGUAUUUUGGUUAUUGUUAAUGGCAAGGCUGAAAUUCCUGUGUCACGAAUUUUGAAUCGCGGUUCAGUUAUAUUCAUACGAUCUAACGAAAGCAUUCAGGUGAAGGUGCUAUGUGGUUGUCAUCCAAUGUUGAUGUUCCAAGCAUUUGCAAAUGUUUCCUGAAAAAAUUACUUGCAUCACAUUGCACUACAGUUGCAUUUAAAACUCUAUUUUUAGAUAAAGUCUGUUUUAAAACAGCGCAAGCCAUAAUAAAAAUAACAGCUAAGACAUAAUUAAAUAGAACAUUGCAUUUAAUGUAUUUUAAAAAUCUACUUCCAUGUUCAAGAUCAAGCGCACAGUAUUCAUCUCUGUAUUUUUCUGUAAAAUGUAAUGACCAAUUUACUGGAACAAAUGGACACGAUGCCAAUAUAGUGAAAAAUAGCCUUUAUUCAUUAUAUAAAAUUGUAUCACAACAGCAAUAAAGUUGCUGUAGAUAAUGUAGUCAAUAGAAGUUAUUUUUGUACACUUAUUAAUUUCUUGUUUGCUAUGUCCAAAGAAUAUUUAUGUAAGUAGAAAAUAAAUUGAUAUUUACUUCUCGUUAAUAAAAACAA